AUGUUUCGACAUUUUUCUUUUCAAUCAAAAGUAAGAAUUACUUUUUUUUGUUUAGGUGUCAUUCCACAAUCAUGGAAACGUUAUACAGUUCCAAAAAAUUUAACUGUUAUUCAAUGGAUAACAGAUUUUAGUGAUCGAGUUAAACAACUUGAAUCAAUAUCAAAAUUAGUUGCUGAUCAAGGAUUUAAAUCAUUAAAAUCAUGUCCUAUUUGGCUUGGUGGUUUAUUUACUCCUGAAGCAUAUGUAACAGCAUCACGUCAAUGUGUUGCACAAACAAAUCAAUGGUCACUUGAAGAACUUGUUUUACAAGUUAUUGUACAAGAUUCAACUGAUCAACAACAAAUUCAAGAUGAUUGUACAUUUGCAAUACGUGGUCUUCGUUUACAAGGUGCAAAAUGUCGAUCAAAUAAAUUAUCAUUAUCAACGGCAAUAUCAACAGAACUUAAUUUAACAUUAUUUAAAUGGAUACGUGCAACAGAAAAGAAACAAACAAAUUCAAUGAUAACAUUACCUGUUUAUUUGAAUGCAACACGAAGUGAAUUAUUAUUUACAAUUGAACUUGAAUCAGCAGAUACUUCAUUAAAUGAAUUUGAUUUUUAUGAACGUGGUGUAGCUCUACUUGCUUCAUCGAUUGCUUAA